GCCAUCUAGAGAACUGAGACAGUGCUGAGCCACACAUACACUCACGCUCCAGCACCUGUAAGACUUCUUCUAGAGAAGAGGCGCUCCACAAUGCUGAGGCCCAAGGACCUGUGCCAGGGCUCUGGCACCAAAACCUUCUUGGAGGCUAUGAAUAGUGGCAAGGUGCACUUGGCCCGCUUUGUUCUUGAUGCACUGGACUGCCGUAUCAUCAACUCAAAGAACGAGAGCAGCCGCACACCACUUAUGUGUGCGGUGUGCCUGCAGGAGCCCAACACCAGGUCCAAGUUCACACAGCUGCUCUUGGAGAAAGGUGCCGAUGUGAACAGCCGGGACGAGAACGGGCGCACUGCACUCAGUUUGGCCUGUGAGCUCGGCCACCUGGAUGCAGUCAAGCUCCUGGUGCAGUUCAAUGCCAACCCUGAGCUCACAGACACCUGGGGCAAUAAUGCCCUGACGUACGCUGCCUACGGGGGACACAGCCUGGUGCUGGAUUUUCUCAUUCGGGCUUUCAAGAGGCUAGGAUUGAAGCUGGACCACACUAAUCACGCAGGCCACACUCCCAUUCAAGUAGCUGAAUAUUUGGGACAUGGCCCUUGUGUUCAGGUUCUCAUCACUGCAGGAAGGAAGGGGGUAAGCAGCGCUGAACAAACUCACGAAAUCCAAGCCGGAUGCAAAGAAGCUGUUCUAUGGCCUAAUCGAAUCCCACAGCAAAUUCUAGAAAAAUUCUCGAAACAGGUUCACGGCAAGAACGAGGAGGCAUUGCCGUCUUUAUUUCAGAAACAGAUGUGGAUCGGUGACAGCAAAGACCCAAAGAGACAAUUCAGUCAGCAACCUUCUCCUGAAACAACCAACUCAAAUGGCUACCAAAGUUUAACCAGGUUUCCAGAGAGGCGCUUUACUGAGAAGGAGCAACAAGUCAUGUUCAGCUCCAAACAGUUUCAAAACUCUAGAGAAGCUGGAUUUGGGAGAAAAAACAACUUGGUGUCGGAGCGCUGCAAGAAAAUGGACCAACGUGAGAUAGGUGAAAAUCCUCCCCAGUGGGGAAAAGCAAAGUCAUUCAACCUGGAACUACAAACGGGACGAAAACAGUCGUACCAGGGCGAGGCGCGUGACGUCACACAGCGUGUCAGCCAAUCAAAAAGAGCUUCUCUUCAAGACGAGAGACCUCUCAUCCCGAAAUUUUACUGCCAUGGCAACACUUCCGCGAGGAAAAGCGACGCGUGUUUACAACCGAAUGGAGUGUUUCGGGUUAGUGCUGAACAGAGGAAUAGCAACAGCGUUGAAAAGAAGAAAAGCUCGAUCAAACGCGGCAGCAUUGUCAAGAACGACAGACCAAACAAACUUCUCGUAAUUAGGGACGAGUUGCAACGGGAAAGGAUCAGAAUCCGUCCUCCGGGGUUCAGCGGGAUCGGGACCAGGUUACUGCGGCGCUUCACGGCUCCUGAGUUUAUGGGGCUGGGUAGAGAUGGUCAGUCCGGCGCGACGGUAAACAAAGGCAAGAUUGCUCGAUCAGAGACAUUUCCGCUUUCACACACUCAUAAACUGGUCAAUAGUCACCCCAGCGUUGACAGCAUAAGCGGUGUCCGGUGCGAAUUUGAAGGCAGUCCUCCAAUCAGUCGAGCUUAAUCCAUAUUUAUUAUUAUCAUUAUUGUUACGAUUUCUGGAGUCGGGAAUCGAUAGAGUCGAAUCCUCACAAUCAUCUUCCCAGGAACUAAACUGCAGAUAUUGUGAAAUAAAUGAGUGCAAUACUAAUUAAUUGAAUUUUUCAAGCAAUGUUUUUUCAUCUUCUUUUCUUUUCACGUCUUUGAAUGAACUUUGAAUGCCGAAUUAAUUUCAUUGUGUCGACUUGACUCCUAAGAUUCGGAGUCGAUUCCCAGUCUUAGAUUUACUUCACCAAAGUCGUUAGUGCUAUUUUAAGUGCCGAAUUUUGGAAAUGAUUGGAGAAUGAUUGGAGAAUAACAACUUAAUUGUUUGUUGCUAGUUUUCUUGUUGCUAGCAAAUUUGGAUCAACACCAGUUUCAUUUCUCUCAGAACUAUUACAAAUUUCAUGCUGAAACCUUUCUUAUAGAGAAGCUACUAUACUAUACAUAAACAGAUAUUUACAAUUCUAUUAUAAAGCAAGUAAAUAUGCUACAUAAAUGUGUUGUCUACGAUUAUGUUCAUGAGUCAUUUGCACUUUUCAGGGUUUCAGGUUUUUGUAAAAAAAAAAAAAUAUUCUGACUGCUCUUCAUAAUUAGUAUGUUUAAUAUAUUCCUCUAUGUUUUAUCUAACAUUCAUCCACAAGCUUUAGGCAGUUAAAAACAUGUACAAAAUCUGUUGACACUGACAUCUCAGAUCCUACAGGUCUGUGUUUAGUGUGUUUAUACUAUACAAUUAUGAAAUAUAUUCAGUUUGUGUAUAGA